ACUUGGGUGAUGUUUACGAACGCAGCCUCAUACAUCUUUCUGGCAUAACAAGUUGAUGGUGAGAGACUGAGAGGUGGGAGUUAGAUAUUUUCUCUUUAGACUCAGAAGUCAGAAGUUCGGUUUGUUUUGUUGAAGAACUUUGUUGCCAGUUCGCCAGUGAAACUGGGCGCGUGAACGUCGGUGAAGCAACGAUCGAUCGACGACGUUUUAACUGACAACUGCUUAAUUCGCGCGAAUUUUUUUGCGAAAUAUUGUGCGUGCAUAAAAGUUGAUAUAUGAAAGAAUUGAAAGUUUUAGUUAUACAGCAUUUCAACGAGGUUGUAAUAUUGUAACCUUGUUAAAAGAGCAUAGUGAGAUACCAAGAUAUCGCCAUUAAUAAGAUUGCGUUCUACAUCGCUAAAAAUAGACUUGCAACGAUUCACGAUUUAUCACGCACGCACACAGAAAAGGAUAUAUUUAACAAAUACUUGUACUAUUGAAAAUAACUCUUCGUGAUAAAAAUAUGUUGUGUAAAGAUGGAAUAAUUUUUUUAUGAGAAAAUUAAUUUUAAAUUACAUAAAAAAGUUUACGUUAAAAUUUAGAUGUUAAAUAUUAUAAAUUUAGACCAAAUGAUUAAACGACGCAAAAUUUUCUACCAAGUAUAAAAACAUACAUUACAACCAGUGCAAUUAGCUAUCGAUAAAUUAGUAGUGCACUGUACAAGUAUGGCGACACGCGCAUUUCGUGGUCUUCAAAGAUUCAGACAAGUGUUGGAUGUGGAAGGGACGCUGAACCCCAUAUUAAGACGUGCAUCGACCUCAUCACAAACAAGAAUUAUGACGGGACCAAAUAAUGAGAAGAUUAUUACGCCUUUUGCUGGUGAGGCUUCUUAUCCGGAAACAUUGAUCCACGAGUUUAUUUGGAAUAACAGCGAGAAUUAUUCUAAUCAUAUUGCUUUGGAAUGUGGCGUAAAUGGUAAGAAGUACACGUUUGCGCAAGCCAAGGAUGCUACGAGUUAUAUUGGUAGAAGUUUACGGAAUAUGGGUCUCAAAAAAGGCGAUGUGGUGGCAUUAGUGACACCAAAUUUGCCGGAUACAGUUCUAGCUUUGCUUGGAAGUUUUUCAGGCGGACUUGUUGUCACUACCGUAAAUCCGCUAUAUACGGCUGAGGAAAUGCAGAGGCAGUUUUUAAAAGUUAAUGCAAAAGCAAUCAUUACUUCGACCGGAAUUGCAUCCUCAGUGCUCGCUGCAACAAGGGCUUGUCUUCCAUUUCGUGAAACUCCUUUUAUUGUGAUUGACGAUAAGACUGGUUCCAUGCCAGAGGGUUCAAUACCUUUUGAUGAUCUCAUAACGCGAGGUAAAUUAUUGCCACCUGUAAAACUAGACAGUACUUGCGACGAUCUAGCAGUUUUGCCAUUCUCAAGUGGUACUACUGGAUUACCAAAGGGAGUUAUGCUAACGCAUCGUAAUUUAGUGUCUAAUAUGAUGAUGGGUAAUUCCACUCUCAAUGAAUUUCAACCUACUACAAGCACAUAUCAAGAAGUAGUACCUGCAAUAUUACCAAUUUUCCAUAUUUAUGGGAUGAAUGUUAUGGUAUUUCCACGUCUUGCUUUCGGCGGGAAAAUAGUAACCAUUCCAAAAUUUGAACCGAAGACGUUCGUUAAUAUAUUGGAAAAGUGCAAGGCAACUGUGCUAUUUUCUGUACCACCUAUAUUGCUAUUCUUAACGGCUUCCUCGCUUGUGAAGAAGCAACAUUUCGAGCAUAUGCAUACGAUGAUAAGUGGUGCUGCGCCGCUCGCUCAAACGGACGUUGAUAGAUUCUACGAAAAAUACAACAUUGACCCCAAAGCCUUCAAGUUUCAUCAAGGUUACGGAUUGACGGAAAGUUCGCCAGUGUCGUUUCUCGAAAGUGGAAAAAAGUUUUCUAGCAUUGGGAAAAAUGUUGCGAGUUGCCAAGCACGUUUGGUGGAUAUAACAUCACAGCAGGACAUCAGCACUCCAGGUCAAGCCGGCGAAUUAUGGAUCAAGGGACCUCACAUUAUGAAGGGAUAUCUAAAUGAUGAAGUCGCUACGAAAAAUACAUUAACCGAGGAUGGAUGGUUGAAAACAGGCGAUGUCGCAUACUUUGAUGAAGAUUUCGAUUUUUUUAUUACAGACAGAUUAAAGGAACUCAUCAAAGUCAAAGGAUUCCAGGUACCGCCGGCAGAACUAGAAGCGUUAUUGAGGACACAUCCAGAUGUGGAGGAAGCGGCAGUGAUUGGUAUUCCGCACGCGAGGCAUGGUGAAGUGCCGAAAGCAUUCGUAGUAGUAAGAAAGGGUAAAAGUCCUACGGAGGACGACAUUAAGAACUUUGUGAAAGGGAAGGUCUCCGACUACAAGCAACUUGAAGGUGGAGUCAUAUUCGUUGACGAUAUUCCGAAGAAUCCGGGCGGAAAAAUUCUAAGAUCAAAGUUGAAGCGAGAUUAUAAGUCUUAGCGUCACCAAAAAUUUUUUUUGUAGGGUGUGUUCAGAAUAGUUAUUUAUGCAACAAAUGCGGUGAAUCGGACAAUUGUUCGUAAGUGUAGGCAAUACCCGAUCUACACGUAUCGCACGCAAUAUUGUUAUCUGUGCAUCGAAAUGUUGGUUCUUAAAUAUGAAUUGACAGGUCAGAAAAGGAUCACUUUUCAUACAUGGGGUAGCGAAAAAUUAUUUUAUAAAUAAGAUAUUAUAGUGAUAAAUAUUUUUGUACAUAAACGUAAGUAGAAUGUAAAUUUCGGCGGGUGUAUAUCAUAUGUAUAUAGUAUUCUUAGUGUCUAUACAUUUUUUAAAUAUAAAUCUACAUAUUUUUUACCUAAAUAUGUAUAUAUAAAUUAUCUACAGCCCAUUAAAAAUUCAAUAUAAUAUUAAAAGACAUUGGUUAAUAGAGAAAAAGGUGAUUAUAGCUUUUGACAUUAGAUGGGGAAUUCUAAUGAAUAUUUAUGAAAUUAUUUAUUUAGUAGGUUGCAAUGGCGGUAAUAUGUCAAUAUAUAUCAACCAACAUUUGUUAUAAGCCUUUUUUGUUUUUGAGCAUUGUGAAACUUUUUCAAGGUAUAUUUUAUCAAUAAUUAUAUAUCCAUUCUUUUUUUUUAACUUGGACAUAUUAUCAUAAUAUAGUAUACUUAAUCGUUUUUUAAAUUUAAUAUUUUAUUUUUUAUACACAUUUCGAGUUAUACAAAGAUAAACAAUAGCAUGGAAUUUUAUGUUUAAUGUAACCAUCUGCAACAAACUAACACGGCUUUUUUAAGGUUUUUAUAUCAAAAUAAUUAUUUGAUAAGUUGCAUUUCUACUGCUAAUUCAAAUUUUACAUAUUACAUGUAUUAUAGAAAUUUAUUACUGCAGUCUAUAUACUGAAAAGAUUAUGUACAUGGAUAUUUUCACGUUCUGCAAAAGUUUCUCUUUAUUUUAACUAAAUGUAUAAUUCUCUAACAGAAUGUUUUGAUUUUUAAAUUUAUUUUACUGGAGAAGCCACAUUACUACCUGUGUUUCUGUUUGAUUUAUUGUGUAGUGUCAUCGCAUAUUUAUAAAUGUCAUUAUAAGUCUUAGGUACUUCAUAAUUUUUAAUCUAGAAUGGAUUGAACAACAUGGCGAACGCAAACGUUAAGUAUUCAAUUUAAAAUAUUAAUUAUUGACAAAGUUAUUGUACAAAAUAUAAAUGAGGCUAUAAUACCAUUUUCUUCUCUAUAAUUUCAAAAGGGAGAUAUCAAACACAACUUUUUUUUCUAGAAGAGAUUUUGUAGCUGGCACUAAAAGUAACUAGAAAUGUUUCAAACAAUUUUUACUGUGAUAUUUUAUUUUAUUGACAUUUGGUAAAAUUUUUUUGUUUUUGAUGGAUAUUGUAUAUAUGCACACAAAUAUCAAUGUAACAAAAUAUAAUAAAAAUUGUUUGAAACAAAAUUCAAUUUCUAGUUAUUAUAUAUAUAUAUAGUGUGUGUGUGUGUGUGUGUGUGUGUAUCACGUAAUAUUAAUCUUUAAUCUUUUGAUAAUUAUUUUACCUUGGUUCUACUUAGAAUUCAUAUAAUGUCACUCUCUCUCUCUCUCUUGAAUAAAAUACAAUUUUAUAAAUUUU